AAUGUGCAAAGUGGGAGGAGGAGGGGAGGCAUGUUCUUGAAGAAAGAGUCGACUGGACUUCAUGGUUCACAGCUAUCCCACCCCACUGGUGUUUGCUGACUUGACAAAGAAGAAAGGCAGGUGAAAGGAGAUGGAGACCAUAUUAUGUGAUGCCUCUACAGAAAUGGGUUCUAGAUUUGUGUCUUGGGAAAGACCUUUGAUUGCAUAUAACCAGUAAUCAAUUUAAAGUAGCAUAGCAUAAAUGGAGGAUUUAUAAAGAUACUGAGUUAUCUCAUGGAACCCAUGAUGAAAGAUGUAGCUGGACUUCACAGUGAGUGGGAAUCAGACUUGGAGAGGGACCAAGGUGUCCAGUCUAAAUCUCCCUUGAUCAAUUUUUCUCUCUCUGACCCCCCAACACCACCCCUUUCUAAAGCUGCCAUCCAUCUCCCUCCCCACCAAGCCAUGAGAGCCAGGAAAAUGAAGGUAAGUCCUGGGGCUUACAGAUAGUGUUUAUCUGAAGAUAGGGUGUCUAUCCAAGUCUAUCCAGACUUCUUAGAAAGGGAGCUUGAUUUCCCUCUGGGUGGCCCACAUACUGUGGUUUAGGGAUAUAGCAAGGAGCCUACUGAUGGUGACUGUGAUGCUUUGUUUUUCGCAAAACUAUUAUAUCAGGAUGUACAUUAAUUCAGUCUUCACAAACACCCUGUUAGGCAGGUGCUGUUCUACUCAUUGGACAGAUGAGGAACAUGAAGCCAACUUUUGUGAACUUGCCCCUCAAUCACAGUAAGGGGCAGAGUGGGGGUUUUAAUCAGAGCUCUCUUUAAGUCCCUGAAGUUUGAUGGUUCCCACUUUACCAUAUCACCUCUUGCUAGGAUGCUGUGCAUUUCCGUCCAACUCAGGCUGGUAGGUGAAAUGUAGUUAUUUGCCUGAAAUUCAAAGAAAAGAAAUCUCAGGAAAAAUAGUCCAGCAUGUGUUGUAUUUGGUCUAAGUAGAGACUGGUCACAGGGGGCUCUUACACAGGAAGUUUGUUAUUUGCUUUGAGAUUUUUUGCUGCUCCACAUAUGUAAAUAUAUGACCAUGUGGAUCUCAGUCCUGGUCUACUUGGGGAUGUGAGCAGAAAGACAGUCUGAUUAUCUGGCCAUCAAGCCCAAUGAAGACUCUGGAGCCUCCCCAUGCAAAACAUCCAGAGCAAUCCUGAAAUCAAAGGGAGCUGCCAAUUACCUCACAGCAAAUCUGACAGUUAAGAAGUCAGUUUCAUUUUUUUCACGUUAGAAAGUAUUUGCUCUGGGGAAGGAGCAGGUAACUAAGAUUCAUUUAGUACAGAACAUGUGUUAGGGGUGGUACCAGCCAUUUCCUGAUGUUGUAUCUCAACUGGGGGCUGGACACAUUCCCAUUGUACAGAUGAAGAAAGGAAGGUCUGGGUGGUUGAAAGUUACAGACCUUCUAGUGAACUGGACUGUAGAAUGAUGGUUGGUUUCUUUUGAAAGAAGGCCUUGGUCCUGUCUAAUCCAACCGUUUUUUUAUGUCCCCCAUAAAAUUAUUGACUCCCCCCCACCUUCCUGGUGAGACUGGGAGCCCACAGAGUGGAAAGAGUUAGCCCCCUGGAUUGGGAGUUGGAGCCUGGCUUCUUGUUUUCACUAUGACUUUAGGAAUAGGUCACAGUCCCUCUCUGUCUCCUAUUUGAAGAACAAGAAAGAUACUGGCAAUUUUGAAAACAAAAGAGAAAACAGAUUUGGAGUUGCCUUUCAAGUCCUUAAAAGAAAGGGAAAGAGGGUCCUCUCCUGAUGGGCAGACUCAGGUUUCCUGUGGGUGUAAGGGCUACCGUCUUCCUGACCCUCAGAUGAACCUUUUUCUUGCAGUCCUAUGACCAAACAAGAGGUCACCCCAGAGGUGAGAAUGCGGUCAGAGGAUGAGCCCCCAUGGUGGGCAGACAGGGCCAGAGAGAAUUCUCAUCAGCAUUAUAGAUGGUUGUCUUAGCAUCAAAGGGCAGUUCUCUUUCCUCAGGGUAGGGCAGCUUCUUUGUGUCUCUUUUACACUGUUGUCAAAAGAGAAAAAGUAGCCAUUCAGCCCUAAAAGUUCUCUCCACUAUUUUCUACCUAAUCUUCUCCAUCUUUUUCUUGCUUAACAUAAUCCCCCUCAACCCUAGAAACCCCUGUGUCUUCUCUCUCCCUUGCCAUGUCUAUGUUUUCAUGAUGGAGUUUCUGUGCUGAAUGUGCUGCUGACCCAAAUGUUGCUGUAUGGCAGAAGACGUACCUGUAAGCACUAACAAGCCCCUAAACCUGGGCUCCUGAACAAGUCUUCCCUCCAUCUGGAGAGUCUGGGUAGAAAAUGUCCUCAGGAAUCUUGUGUGAAGGUAGCGCUCACCCCUAAGGACUGUGCAUACUGUUACAAGCCUUUGAGUAUUCUCCCUCUUAGAACUUACUCCCAAUUUCAGUCUUAAAAUGAGUUGGAAGUUUGUCUACAGGAAGUCUAGGGACCUCUCACAGCAAGGUCAUUUCAUGAAUGCCUAUUUUUUUUUUUUGACAUUCAAGGAAAAAUAUUAACUUCUGUGAGGAUUGGAAAGGAUGUUGGUUUAGACAUGGAUAGAAUGAAAUUUUAAAGCUGCAUCAGAGGAGGGAACAUAGUACCUUUCUCCUUCCAAACUGUCCAUCAGUUGAGAACCAUGUUGCUGCUAACAGCACCUCCUGGUGGCCCCAAAAGAAGGCGUAGGACCCAACUGAUCUUACUUCGCUUUCUAUGGAAAGGGUCUUUGGCCCUGGUGACUGAAAAUUUUGAGCUGGAUGAUGGUGGACUUGUAGAUUGUGUAGGUUUUUGAUGAAAGAUAUGGUAUGUGCCCCCAGAGCACUAGAGGGUUAUUGAUACACUUGACCCUUCCCCACCUCCAUCACACAACAUUGCUAUGAAAAUGUAAUCAAUCCAGUUUCUGACAUCUUCCCCCCACUCUCAAGAGCACCUACUGUAUCAACAUGACAUUUUUUAAUCUUGGCUUGUUUUCCAGGCCAUGAAUUUAAUUUCUCAAUGCUCCACUGUUCAGCUUUUAUGUUCUGAGAGUGGAAUGUUGUCCAACAGUAGUUACCGCCAUCUUGUUUAGUCACAUCCUCUUUCCAGGGCAUCCUAAAACCAAAUAGUUUUUAAAAAUUCAUUGCAGCCAUGGUCACUCAGCCUUGUGCUAAUAGUCACCAAGUUCUGACAAAGCGAGUCCGACAUCCCUCGAUAAGUAAAAUCCGAACCUCCUGAUGUUGUAGAACAGUAAGCAGAUUGGCAUGUCUUUGGAUUAGUGGAGGCACUGAAGCAAAAUGCUCAAUCCUUAGUGACCUUUGGCAAAUGGAUGGGGAUGUGUAGCCAUCAUAGGUUAUCUUUAUGUUCAUUGUGUAGACACUCAACCUCUGCCAGGCCAACACAGAAGCUGUCAGAGCAGAUAAACUUAGUUAGGAACUAGCUGUUUUCCUUACUACAUCACAGUGCUCUGCAGAACUAUUUUGUCUGAUAACCUGCUUCUUAAACUUGUCUGUGAGUAGUUCUGUGAAGCAUUAAGCCUUUCCUUUUGGGUUUUGAGCUGCUUAUACUUUGUUUUAAUCUUUGGGCCUAGGACUUUGUUUCUUAUAAAAUGUGCAGUCAGCUGUCCUCUGUUGCAGAAUAUUCUGGUGAGUUCCUUUUAGGGAAUCCAUGAGAGAUGUUAUAUUUGGGUCUUACAGGCAUGCAUUCUGGGGGCCUGUGUUUGUGCAUGGGUGUGUAAAUGUGCUCCUUCUAUUUGUUCAGGAGGCAUUCUGUGGAAGUGAGGUCCCCUUUGAUCAUUUCUUUCUGAACCCAUUAAUGCCUAUCUUUAGUUGACACAUAUUUCAUAUGUUGAUUUAUAAUUUCAUAAACACUUAGAGAAAAAAUUUGGGCAAACAUUCUUCACAUUUGGAGUAAAGCCCAUACUUCCCCCCCCCCCCCCUUCUGCUAGAGUAGCAGUGACUCCAGGCCAGGGAUAUUGGAUAUGAAGACUGGUUCUGUGACUUUGAGCAAGUUGCUUAACUUCUCUGAGCUCAGAUUUGCUCCCUUUUAAAAUGAGACCUGUUCCAGCUUCAAUGGAUUCCACACUCUCCUAGCCAAGAAUAAGACUGAAGCAGAGUAUGUUUUAGGGGAAGUGGAUGAACUGUUGGGCUUUUCUUCUUUCAUUCCUAUUCCAGGUGAAGAUAAAAGACUUUGCUCUCUACUGAGCUGACAUGAAUUCAGAAUUCAUUAGUUUUCAGACUUUCUUUUAAGCUUCAGACAGGAUUGUGAAGGGAAAAGCCUGCCCCCGAUUCCUUUGCCUUAUUAGUUCUAUUCAUAUAAUGUGCUGCAGAAACUGCUAAUUGUCACUUGAGCUGAUGGGUGAGGGUCUGCUUUCUUGAGGAAAAAGUUGAAUUUUGCAGUUCCUGUCUCCCUCUUGCUUAGCUAGAGGUCUAGUCAGGUCUUACAGAACAGGAAUCUAAAUUAAAUCUAAAUUAAAAUAAAUUAAUUUUGCCCCUUUGCUGAAGAAAAAGUGGAGAGUGGGAGAAUUGUAAGGUGACAGUGUAAAUCUCCAGUUGUAUACAAGAUAAUGCAAUGAUAAAACUAUAAUUGUGGAGGCAUUCGUAGAGUGUCUGUGGGUUCUCCUUGUGCGUGCUAGCACUGGGAGAGGUACAAACCUGCACCUGUGCAUAUACUUUACUAUGGAGCCAUUUAGACAUAAUUUCAACUUAGUACAAACUCCUCCAUUGUUAAUACUCAAAAGACUUGUUUUAUUUAGUUUUAGUUCAUGACUCAAAGUAUUGUAUGCUCCCGUGUGAGAAGUCACUUCUUGCAACUUGAGCCUAGUAUCCUAUGUUUGUGCAUCAGCUUCACAGAACAUCAAGCUUAAAAUGUAAACACUAUUAAAAAAAAUUCCAUUAGCAUUCCUUUCUGAAUUUUUGGUAUCUGCUAUAUAUCCUUUUUUUCUACACCUCUCUGAGCCUUCUCUGUGUCUGUUAAACUGUCCGUAGUUUCCCAGGAUUUGCUUAGUAAAGUCCCCAGGUUGGCCUUCGUAGAAACCUUUGCUUCCUAAGGCUGGAAGUCACACCAGCAGUCAGUGACCACCCUUCAUGAUAAGGCAUUUUCUGAAUGUGUCCUCUUUCUUUGGCUGAGGGACAGUUAAUGUGAAGCUGGGAAACACAUCUUUGGUUGAAAGAUUGCCCUCUUAGCAAUGUAGUAAUUGUAAUUUGGGAGUAGAUGGUUUCAGCAAGAGGUGGCACAAGGGUUCAACUCUGGCUCUAUCACUUAGGAGCUGUAUGACUGUAGGCAGGUGUUCAACUCUAGGGGCCACGGAUGUACACUGGGAACACCACGUCCACGUCUUUAUAGGGCUGUCCUGGAGGUUCCUGAGAUAAUGCUAGUCAGUUUACUCGUUUCAUGGAAGUUGAAGUGGAACUACCAACUUCAUGGAAUGGAAUAGUUCUCAUUCAGGAGUAUGUUAAAAUUUGCUAAGUAGAAUCUAACUCCUGGAACUUCCAGACAAAUGGGAAGACAGAGGCUGCCCGAUUUAGCUUUCAACUCUAUAUUUGGGAAAUUGUGAAACAUCUCCAUUUUCCUUAAUGUCUGGACUCUUUCACUGUUUGGCUUUUGUCCUUCUCCCUCCCCUCCCUUUCCUUUCCUUCUCUUUAUUCUUUCAUUGAAAGAUUUACUGGCAUGAAGAUGUGCUAAUAACUACUUGUCUUGGAGUAAGUUGAGCGCAGAAGGUAAAGCCAAACGUUGUACAGUGCACAGAUGUGAACACCAGUGCCUCCGAAGAGUAAUGCAGCUUAAGAGAAAGUUUGACAAAGUGAGUAAUCUGACCACGGCUUUGUAAGAGCUUUCAGAAGAAUUAGUGGGAAUUUCAUAUAUUUGAAGCAAUUAAAACAAGAAUGGAAAAGCAUGUAUUUGAGAAGACCAGAGAAGGAAAUGGAAAGAAAUCCUUACAGCUUGGGGAUUUGAAAUCUCAAUGACACUAUUUUAAGUCAUGUGAAACUUUUCCUGUUUUAAAAACUAAACAGUAAAAUUAACUGUGCUCUAGUUUCUAUGGACUUCUUUUGAAUUAUUGCAUAAAAGUAACAGAAGUUUCUGUCAAGUGGACCAGAUUUCCAAAACUCUUCCUCACAAAGGCAUUGAGAACUAUCAGAAAAGUUACAUGUUUUUGUUAUCAUGAAAACAUUAAUAAUAUUGAAACUUGGCUAGAACCAAUUUUAACUUUGAAACCUCAGCUUCAGUGGGUACAUGUAACUGAUAAAUCUCUUUUGUGGUUGUCAAAACAAGCAAAGCUAACUUUGUACAUUUCCUAUUAUAACUAAAAGCACUUUGACAGUGAAAUCGGGUAUAUCAAUAUGGAGAGCAAAAAGCCUAUUCAUUUUAUCACCACACUUCUCUAAGAAUUUUGACAUUUCUGAAAUAUGUAUCACUUCCAAACAAGGAAGCGCAAAGUUGAUAAAGGUUGUGAUAGUGCAGUUUUUGGAGGCUGACCACCCCAGUUAGCAUUGCUAGUCUGCCUGGUAUAAGUACCUUGCAAGGCCAGCCUAUUGCUCAUCUGACCACGUGGCCUAUGCCAUCUGCCCAUGUCUCUGAGGGCUUCCAGAGUUUGGGUGAAACUGGGUUUUCAGGCAGAUUGGGCAUGGAACAUCCAAGAUUAGGUCCUUAUGUUGGAGUUAGUCACAGUGAACAAGAGUUCCUGACAGGGCUGGGCUCUGUGGAAAGAUGCAUCCUAUCAGAGUGACCAAUAUAUGCUUUCAGAGGAAAGGUCUAUGUGUGCUGUGGGCAGGGAGUAGGCUGUGAUUGGGUCCCCAACCUGAAAGGUAUAUAUAUGCCUUGAAGAAUGUCUGUUUAUAGGUGGGGGGUUUCGUAUAUGGAUAAGUGACAUUUGGUAGCAAACUGUUGACCUAGCUCUUUCCAUGGGGCUUGAAUGAGGAGGGCAUUGGUCCAAAUGUGGCGAGGAGCCUGGGCUCUUUCAGCUGCACCUUCCUUCAUCCCACCCUGGCCCUUUCCGAACCCCCAAGUCAUCAGCUCUCCUUCUGGGACCUUUCUUCCUGUGAUCCCUCUUUUGGUAUUUUAAUGACCUUCGGCUGAUCUCUUCUUAUUUUCCUCCUGUCUUCUCUGAAUUCUUUGAGGAUAAUGAGUAUCUUGUACUUGUAGUUUUUGUCGUUUUCUUCUGCUUGCUCACAGUAGCUCAUACUUUCUCUCAUUCCAAAGUAUUUGUUGAACACUUACUUUAUCCCAGGCAACUUGUAGUGGUCUCCAGUCUUUGGCUUGGAAAUAAGCCUGACAGUUAGUGUUUUAUGUGGGGUGAUUAGCAGAGGAAAGUGUGGCGAAGAGCCCAGAUUCUGCUGAUGAGGCCCUGGCUCAGCAAUGCCCCUUCCUGGCUCUGCCUCAGUUUUCUCAUUGAAACAGUGGGGAUAUAAGAGGACCUACUUCAUAUGGUUGCAUUAUAUGAGUUAGCCCUCACUGCCUUUGUUACUGUUCUCCUACCUGAGGACUUUGGGGAGGACGAAGAGGUAGUCAUAAACAGUACUUUUGGUCAGUGAAUUUUUAACUAUUUUGUGAGGCUGAUUUAGUGAGAAAGUCUUUGGGAGCCAGAAGGGAGGUAACUUUUGUCCCCCUUUUAUCUGCCCUCCAGGAUUGGCAUGCCCUGUAGCUGGUUCCUUGGUGCAGGAGACAAUGAUGAUGCCUUUUAUAUGCAGGGACUCUUCUUAGCUGCUUGCCUUUGUGAGCAAAUAUCUCCUCUGUUAAGAGAUUAGAGCCUUAAUCCUAAAUGAUAUUUCAUGCUCCAGGACUUAAAUUUAUAUAUCACCAUCCCGAAUAAUGUAUUGGAUUGCAUUAAACAGAUUGUAGAUUAACAUGCAACUAUAAAACAAAUUGUCAAUGCGUUGUUGACAACUCUAAGUGCAAGUUCAUAUAUUUAACUACAUUUGGGGAAUAUUGAAGUGUUUAAAGCAGCUUAACUGGUUGAUGUAAAAUUAAGCAUCAUGUUCUAUUUCAAUUUGUGGGCCAGCCUGAGAGACAAUAAAAUGGAGGCUUAGGCUUGAGAGAAAGGGAGCAUGGGAGAAAAUUUUGGAGGCAGCCUUGGUACCAGGGAAAUCCUGGCACGGUCCAGAUAUAUUGGGUGGUGAUGAAAGGAUUCUACCCACAAAGGGCCACAUUGGGUAGUAGUAGAAGGAUGUCCAUUUAUUUGUUCAGCCUAUGAGCAGUCAUUUGAAACCUCAAGGAGUUUCUAAUCUAGUUGAGGAGAUAAAGCAACUGACAUACUAAAAACAGUGGUGAAGAGUACAAGCCAUAAAGUCCUUUAGCUUGAAGCCAUGUGAGAUAGGUCACAGGUUAGAAUUCACAGGCAAGGACACGGGGCUAAGAAUCGUCAGAAAGAUCUUAAAGAUGGUGACACAUGACAAAUGCUGGGAAGAUGUUUAAAGAAGAAAAUGGAAGCAGGGGUUGGGAGGAAGCAUGGUGUGUGGUACUGGUGUGCUUGGACCAUGGGAAGCUACUGUUGAACGCUUGGGUGAGACUAGGUAAUAGGCAUGGCAGCCAGGCAAGCAUUGACCCUGGAACCAGAUGGCCCAGGGGUCAAAUCCCGGCUCCCCCACUUUCUAGCUGUGUGAUCUUGGGGGGGGGGUGACUUAACCUCUUUGUUUUUCAGUUUUCCCACUUGUAUAAUAGGAUAAUUACUGUACCUAUUUCUUAGGAUUAUGGGGAAGAUGAAAUGUGUGCUUGGCUAGAGGAGGAGCAUAGUGGAAGUAGUGUUUGACAUGUAUUCAAAUUUGAUUCUAGGGUAAGAGAUGAAAAUUAGGAAGGCAGACUGGAGAGGCUGUUGAAGCAAAUUAAGUACAAGGUAAUGAGUCUUAGACUGAAGAUGGAUCCUAAUAAAGAAGAGAGCAUAUAUAUUGGUUUUUUUUUUCCUUACUGUUCUUUGCUUGGGCUGUGAACAUUGGUGUCUAUAUUCUGCAGGGAUUUUAUAAGCCUUUUUCUAAAGAGUACAUCCUGAGAUGGGUCUGUGUGAGCUGAAAGUGUGGACCCUGCCAAAUGUGGGCCUUUCCUUUCUUCCCCCUCUCUCUUCCUCCACAGUGUUGAGACUUUUUUGCACUUAAUCCAGAACUUCUCCUAAAUAGCUUUGGAACAAAUAUAUUUAUGGAUGCAAAUUAUCUGGAGAGAGACCUCAGCUUGCACUUACAGAUAAUGUGGGGUGACCAGGCAAAACUCCAGUAUAAUCUGGAGCUGCAUUAAAGGGAGUAGGACGUGCAAAGCCAUUUUCACUCCAUGCUUGCAUGAAUGAGAUCCUUGUUGGAGCUCUGAAGUUGCUUACAAGAGUUCAAAGAGAAUGUGGAAAAAAUGGGAGGUGUGGCAGUUUGGUGGAAAAAUGAUUCAAGGAAUAGGAAAUAGAUCUCUGAGGGAAAAUCUUGUAAGACUGGUAUGUUCAGGCUAGAGAAGGAAAAGAUAGAGGUUAAACUAGUUACUAUCAAACAGCAAAGAGUUUUUUUUAGAUGUAGAUACGUGUUUCUCAAAGAGUAUUCCAUGGAACCCAAGUCUUGGGGAGAGGUAGCUUUAGAAGAUAAAUCAGUUUGGGAAAUGAUGUGCUUUAGCUCGCUGUGAACAAUUCACAAAGCAUGUUAGCAUCUUAAAGGGACUGAAGCUUUCUACAGAAAAGAACCCCAUUCUACUCUGGGUAAUAUUAGAGUAUUCCAAACAUUUUCAGCUAUUUUUCUAACACCUUUGGAAAGUGCUGUUUAAGAAUUACUAAGGUGUUGAGUAUAAAGCAAAAAAGGGUUGAGGCAUGAGACCAAGCAUCAUGGUGAUAAUAGAAUUUUCUAUUGGGGGAAGCUUGAGUUUUUUUCCCUUUCCUUUCCUCUCCCCUCUCCCCUUUGUUUUGGUGGUAAGGAAGAAGAGAAUAUAGUUGGGCAUGUUUUUGAGGCCCUUGGCUGGACUAGGUUCAGGGGCCACUGCCUGUGGUGGUUUCCGGUCCUGAGGACAUAGAGGCUGAGUGAUGUGGGCUCAGGUUUGGGGCCUGAACUGUUGUCUUUUGGUGGAUAGACAAGGUUGACAGGACUGGUCCCUGUAGUAGGUGUUGAGGUGGGAGGCCCCGGGGAUUGGCCAGGAAAUGGUGAGCACAGACUUGGUCACUGGACUGAGGCUGGCCUGGGGAGACCCAUGGCAACUUGCUGGUACAAAGUACAUUUCUCCAUCUGUCAAGGGCCAGUCAACCUCACAAUUGAGUGAGAGUGGUUCAGGGGCUAGCGACUCAUAAUGAGUUUUAGGAAGUUCAAGAAAUGGCAUUUGGGAGAAGGACUACAGGUUGAUGGCAUUUUCUUCAUCAGGCUGGGGAAGAAGUUGGACUGAGUGGAUGACUUGUGCCCUGACACUUACUCACUGUGGGGAUUUAAGGUCACUGGAAGGACUGAGCGCGUUCGGGAGCCUGGAGGAACUCAUCCUGGACAACAAUCUGCUCGGGAACGACCUCGUGUUGCCAGGGUUACCCAGGCUCCAUACCUUAACCCUCAACAAGAACCAGAUAUCUGACUUGGAGAGUCUGCUUGAUCACCUGGCGGAAGUGACACCAGCUUUGGAGUACCUCAGCCUGCUGGGUAAUGUGGCAUGUCCCAAUGAGCUGAUUAGCUUGGAAAAAGAUGAGGAGGACUACAAAAGAUACAGAUGCUUUGUUCUGCACAAACUGCCCAAUUUGAAGUUUCUGGAUGCCCGGAAAGUAACCAGAAAAGAACGAGAGGAAGCUUUGCUCAGAGGGUCAUUCAUGAAGGUGGUGAAGCCCAAGGCUUCCAGUGACCAUGUCGAGGCCCCUCCAGAGCACCCCUAUACACCCCUGCCUUCUGCUUCCAGGGAUCUCACCAAUCACCGAGGUGUUCUGGGGAAGUGUCGCUAUGUUUACUAUGGGAAAAACUCAGAAGGCAACAGGUUUAUCCGAGAUGACCAGCUCUGACGGCAAGUUCUGAAUGCUUUAGUCUGUGUCAUGAGAAUAAAAGAAAAAGGGAAAGUAAAAAUAAAGAAAAAAAACUAAAGGAAAAAAACAAUGGCCCACAUCACAUGUCUGUGGGAAGGCUGUGACUUCAGCUUUUGGUACCUUCUGCUGACUUUGCCAGGCCUGUCAAGAUCAUCCUUCUGCCUUAGACUGAGUGGUCACAUAGAGAUUGACAUGAUUGCCCUUAAGCAGGUCUCAUCCACUAGGGUGACAGACAGCGGCGGCGAAGCACCAGGGCUGACAGGAGGAACACCAUGAUAGAUUGCCUGGCCCCUCCACUGCUCACAGGGGAGCAGAGGUCACACCUGGGGCCUCCCUGAGCAUGCUCGUUGGCCGUAGUCAAGCGAGAGAGACUGUGUCUUCAGCUUGCCUAUUGAGUAGAGAUCCCUCUGAUACCAUUGUGCUGUGGGGGUUUUUUUAGUGAAAUAAUCACAGUUUGGAGGAAGGCCACCCUCCCUUAUUCACCUUGAAUUUUAAUCCCUUAUUUUCUGCACACACCCACACAUUCCAACAAAACACAUACCAUCCUUUAGCAUCUUUAUUACAGGUAGUGCAUUUUGGCUUGCAGUUUUUCAGAGAACUGAAGGUUCUCAGCCAGGUCAUACAUUUAUGGCUGAUUUUGUGUUCUUACAACUGGAGUAAAUAGCUUUCCUUAAAUCCCUAACUACAAAAGCAUGGACUCUGUCUUGUUUUGUACAUUUCUAAAUCCACUUCUUGCCCUGAAUACUAGGCAAUGUCAGGCAUCUUUCCCAGCACCAAGUUCUGAUUGCACCAAGGACUCUGAUUUAUUUAUGUAUGUAUUUAUUUAUUUUUAACAACACAUACACCCAGCUAUGCCUGUGGCCAUAUUUGUAGUUUGGAGCUGGCUUGCUCCUUUGGGUGCUAUUUAAAGGUAGGGAGGUGAUGAAAACAGAGUGAUGGGUCAGGAAGUUGAAAAAGAAAGUGAAGACUAUAGAAAACACCCACCAGACCGAACAGUUUUUAACAGAAGGCACAAACCUUUGAGUUUGGUAUCUUCCUCAGCACCUCUCAGAACCGAAAUCCAUAGCUUGUGAGAUGGUCUUUGUGUGUCUUUGGCUAUAUUCCAGCACUGUUACAAGGACAAUAAGCACAAUCAUACCAGUAAGGUGGCUAUCAUUUCAUUUAAUGGAAUGAUACACAAGUAAAAUCACUCCAGAAAAGUCUUUGAAAGGCUGAUUGCUCUUGAUGCAAUCGCAUUUAUUUUUGCUUCUUCUGUUUAGACCAGGUGUUCAUUGGCUUGGAUCUCUCAGUAUUAGGUUAGAUUGAGGGCAACGAAACUUCAAAGAGAAUUCUUCCAAGUUAUAGAUACUGCAUAACUAGAGAGUCACUACUGUAAAAGUCUUUGGGGACUCAACAUCCCUCAGGACCAAAGAAGAAUCUGCUUUCUCAGUUCUAGACCAUUUAAGGGGCCUCUGGCCUCCUGAGUCAACUUAGUCUUUGAAUGACUUGCAAUAAGGCAGGCAGGAAUCCCUUUUGUAGGUUAUGCAAGUUAAACAGUUAUGGAGACAAAUUUUGAUCAAAAUCCUCGAGGCCAUUAAUAACUAGAGGAUAUUAAAUGUUUGCCUUUAUCUCUCAAAUUCAUCAAUAACCAGAGCUGAGUACCUUUUCACUGUUUGAUCUACAGAACAGCAUUGAGAUGGUGCUUUAAAUUAGCUGCAUUAAGUCCCACCCUGUUCUUUGUUUAGAAACACCAACACAUGUUUUGUCCAUGGCAUAUUACGGGCAGCCAGAUUUCUGUGCAAGGGCAGCUAGACUAGUCCAAUGUCAUAUUUAAUCUAGCGGCACAUAUAUCCUUGUCUUUAUAAAAGGCUUUAACCCUGCCUCAAACAAUAAAAAAGCACUUGUGAACUGA